AUGUCGUGGAUGGACUCUUGGUCACGGCCGUCCAAACACGCACUCACCCCGCCACCCCUCUAUCUGACAGUCGGAGACACGGUUCCCUAUUGCCAUACCUGUGGUCGCGUCAUCAGCGAGCGGCGCAAAUCACAAAAUGCCACUGCAGUCAAGUACUGUUCCGCACGCUGUAGGAACAACAAGCCGGGCCCAAUGGACCGCAAGAUCGAGGCCACUUUGGCCGCUUUGCUCAACGGCGCUGCACCAGAAUCAUGCAAGGAAAACGCGCAAACAGACGUACAGCCUCGUCCAAAAGCCGAAGAGGGUACUGCGAAAGAGAAGGACCCAUUCGGCAGCAAAGGCGAAAAGAGGGAGAAGAAACACAAGAAAAAGGCUAGCAAGUCAAACAAAGGAGAACCCAGAAUCAUCAUCGAUUGCAGCACCGUACAGGAACUCGUCUUCCAGCGCGAAAAAGAUCCAGAAAAAGUCUACGGGCGCCGCAAAAACCGCAGGGCACGAUUCGUCGUGGAAAAACCAGAAGAUGGGAAGAGCGUGGACAUGGUCGACCACCCACCGCCAUCGCAACACAACCCUCCAACCCCCUCCCCACAACACCAACACACCUACAGCAGCGACGAAGAUUCCGUCUCCGACUCCGACUCCGAACACAAAGGCGGCAUCAUCCUCGAAUCUGCCCAACAAGCCCCCUCCGACCCAGAAUUCGGCUACGGCGGCGGCAAGAUCCGUCCCCCCCAAGCGCAAAACGACGUCAACGGCAGCAUCGGCGGCGAAAAAGGCUGGGCUGAGCGCGGCGAGGAAACAGACGAGAUGAAGGCGAAGCGCAGACAAGGCCAGAAGAGAGCAGACGAGCGCGAAGCCGUGCGCAAGGCUGCAAGACGGGGCUGCGCAUUCGGUUUGGCCGUCGAGGGAGAGGAGGGGAGGAGGAAGACCGAGGCGGUGAGGAAGGGUGUUGUGGUCGAGGCGAGUUUUGCAAAGGGUGAGUGGGGUAUCCGGUGGCGGGAGAGGGUGUAG